AAUUCACAUUUGGUGUCUCUCUCUCUCUCUCUCUGACUCUCUCUCUCUACUUUCUCGCUCUUGUAUUGUGUACGCUUCUAGAGAAAGAGGAAGAGGAAGAAGAAGACUCAUGUCUGGAUUAUACAACAACAACUCCUCUUACUUCUCUCCUGCUAGAGCUGCUUCUCCUCAGAUCAGAAGCACUCCUGAGAUCGACAGUUCUCAGUACUUGUCGGAGCUUCUCGCCGAACAUCAAAAGCUUACACCUUUUAUGCAAGUCUUGCCCAUAUGCAGCCGCCUUUUGAAUCAAGAGAUGUUCAGGGUAUCUGGAAUGAUGCCUAACCAAGGAGGAUUUGGCGAUUUUGAUAGACUCAGACACAGAAGUCCCAGUCCUAUGGCUUCUUCUAACCUUAUGUCUAAUGUCUCUAACUCCGGUUUAGGUGGUUGGAACGGAGGUCUCUCUCAGGAGAGACUUAGUGGAACACCUGGAAUGACAAUGGAUUGGCAAGGUGCACCUGGAAGUCCAAGCUCAUACACUGUGAAAAGGAUAUUGCGUCUGGAGAUUCCUGUUGAUAGCUAUCCUAAUUUCAAUUUUGUUGGACGGCUUCUUGGUCCAAGAGGCAACUCAUUAAAACGUGUUGAAGCUACCACUGGCUGCCGUGUGUUCAUCAGAGGGAAAGGUUCAAUCAAGGAUCCUGAAAAGGAAGAUAAGCUAAGGGGAAGACCAGGAUAUGAACAUCUAAAUGAGCAGCUUCACAUCUUAAUAGAAGCAGAUCUUCCAGCUAGUAUCGUGGAGAUACGUCUGAGACAAGCUCAAGAAAUCAUUGAAGAGUUACUAAAACCUGUGGAUGAGUCACAAGAUUUCAUAAAGAGACAGCAGCUGAGGGAGCUAGCGUUGCUAAACUCGAACAACCUGAGGGAAGAGAGUCCAGGACCAAGCGGCGGUGGAAGCGUUUCACCUUUCAAUUCAAGCGGUAAACGCCCUAAAACAGGAUGCUAAAAGGAGAGUUUUGUUGUCUCUCUCAGUCAAGGAGCGUUUUUAAAAUGGUACAUGUCUGCAUACACAAAACACUCAUGUGUAUAUUUGGUUCUCUGGCCAUUUGUGGCUGCAGUGGUGGUGGUCAAGUUAAGGCCUCCCUGGUCUCUCUCCGGUGAGCGACCCUGUGGCUUUCCUUUCUUUUUCUUUUAUUUAUUUUUUGUUUUAUUCGUCUUUAUAAGACAGAUUCUUUACAGAACAUUAAAAAAAAAAAGAUUCAGAAAAAGAGAUAUUAAGGAAAAAAAUGUUGAGAUAUAUAAAUAUGUAUGUAGGAAAAAAUGUGGCUGGGAAAGGGAGUGUAUUGAAAUUCUUAUUGUAAAAACAAAAACAAAAAAAAAACACAUUUAUUGGAUUGAUUCUUAUCGUUUGA